CUGCAUGAAGUUUGACACAACACAAUCCAAAUUACUCAGAAUCUGGAACUUGCACAGAGAUAAGAGCGUCAAAUAUCAUUUGAAUGGCUUAAUCUAUUUUGACCAUUCAAAAUAUUCAAACAUGGCGGAACCUAUGGUCAAACCCAAGUGCAUAUUUUGUCGGAUUGGUCAGAAAAUUCCAUUAGAAGGCUCCGUCCAAGCAACAGAAUUGCUGUAUGAAGAUGAAACCUUUGCUGCCUUUCGAGAUCAUCGGCCAGCAGGAGAACAUCAUUAUUUGAUCAUUCCCAAACGACAUAUUCGCGCAUUCAACUGCCUUCAAUUUGAGGACACGCCACUGAUCCAAGAUAUGGCGGAAGUGGCUAAAAAGUUGUUGGCCGACAGAAUCGGUCGGGAGGUAGAUGAUGCUCUUGUUGGUUUCCAUUGGCCAUUCUACACGGUGGGUCACCUUCAUCUUCACGCUAUUUGGCCACCCAACCGAAUGAGUCUGUUUCAAAAAUUUGAAUUUUCCCGCCUUUUGUUCGGCUCAGUUUCCGAAGCGCUUCAAACUUUGGAAAAGAGGAAGAAGUCGAGCUGACCGCCAUUUCCGUUAGCGCCAUUUUCUAGUCUGACCAGUGAUCAUUGGACAAUCGUGAUGUUUGGCAUCAAAUUAUACCGUUAUAUUUUGACAUCUCA